CCACCACGGGAACCGUCGCGUCUAUUGGUCGUCAUCAUGGCCAAUGUUUUCAAAAUGGAGAGGCUGACAAGCACGUAGAGAACCAGCAGCAGCGACUCGUGAAUUUUGAUGUAUUUUGAUGAUCUCGAAUAGAAAAUAACGCAAAGACAUGAAGUCAGACAUGGAGGAGUUGAUGCCCAGACUUCUGCCCCUGGAGUCCUGCGACACAGAGGAAUAUAACUCAAACGAACCCCCCAGAAACCCUCAAGAAUAUCUCAGACAGGUUCAAAGGGAAGCAUCUCUGUGCCCAGAUGUUGUUGUGGCACAAAUUGAUCCAAAGAAGCUGAAGAAGAAACAAUCUGUGAAUGUGUCUAUCACAGGUUGUCUGGCCGCACCUCAGGGUUUCUCUCCCAGCUUGAAAUGGCAGCAACAACAAGUCAGCAAAUUUUCAGAAGUCAGACAGAGUGUUAACAAGCAUCGUCAGCAUUGGAAAUCCCAGUUUUUGGAUGAUAAUGUUGUCAUGCCCAAAACGGAGGAUGAGGAUGGAUGGAAGAGGUUCUGCUUGGGUGAGAAUGUUUGUCUUGACAUCCAACUGAAAGAAGAAGAAGAUAAAGUUAACCCGGGUCUUGAUUAUGUCAAGACUGGUUUCCCACCUUUCCUAAGCAUUGUCAGCAAACUAAACCAGUCAACCAUCUCUGCUGUGCUUGAGUAUUUAAUCAAUUGGUUUGAGGAGAGAGACUUUGUACCACAGUUGGGCAGAUGGCUUUAUGCAUUACUAGCGUGCCUUGAGAAACCGCUGCUUCCUGAAGCACAUUCCCUUAUCAGACAGUUGGCACGACGGUGCUCUGCAGUGCGUGCCAAUCUGGAGAGCAAAGACGAUGAUCGUUUGUCAGCUCUUAACUUGAUGAUUUGUAUUGUUGCCAGGUAUUUUGAGCAAAAUGAUUUGGCUGACAAUGAAUGAGCAGAACUUGGAAGCAGACGGAAGAGCCUUUGUGAAGAAAAUUCAUGUGAAUGAGAGGAACCAUGAGAGAAACUCAGGAGAUUUUGUAAAAGACUCUUGCAAAUUGAAUUGAGUUCCAUGUAAUAUUAAAGUACACCUGUUACAAAUACAAAUUACUGUCCUUUGAAGCAUGGCUAUUGUCAAAUAAAACUUAAUUUCUGACAUAAAAUGCAAACAUCUUUGGCUUCUUGCUAUUUCAUUGUCAUGAUGUUGUUGUGCUGUGUCUGCCAAAUAAAACCAUGUCCGAUUUAUUAAAGGGCUAACUGAAAAUCAUCC